CUGCCCAGCCGAGCCCAGGCCACCGCUACUGGCCUCCUCCUGUGAUGGUUGGGCUGUGCAGGAUGAAGCAGGGCAUGGAAGGAGGUUUGUUUCUGGGCUUGCUCUCUGCAGGGGAGAUGUUGUCCUUGCGAGCUUGCCUUAGAGAAGCAGAGGGAUUCCUGCAUCCCUGGAAAUCAGGGAGCGAGGAAGCGCCCUGCAGUUAGGGGAUGGCUUGCAGGGAACGAGGCAAUAGGGACCACGGCAGCAAAUGUGCCCCUUGCAGAGAAACGUUUGGUGUGAUGCUCCGGGAGCAUCUCGAGGCAGAAAGUGUGUGGGGUCUGCAGCUCCUGGGGUGUUGAUGGCAGAGGGGAGUGGGACCAGUGUGGGGCCAACCCUGUGUGGAGUCUGCUCCCCCAGCCCAGUUUCUGGAGUGCUGGUGACAGCAGCCAGAGGGAGCAGGAGCAGUGUGGGGCCAGUUCCUCCAGCCCAGCUCUUGGGGCGCUGAUAGAAGCAGCAGGCAGAGGGGAGCAGGGGUAGUGUGGGAGCAGGAGCAGUGUGGAGUCUGCUCCUCCAGCCCAGCUCUUGGGGUGCUGAUAGCAGCAGUAGGCAGAGGGGAGCAGGAGUGAUGUGGGAGCAGUCUGUGUGGAGUCUACUCCUCCAGUCCAGCUCUUGGGGUGCUGAUAGCAGCAGUAGGCAGAGGGGAGCAGGAGUGAUGUGGGAGCAGUCUGUGUGGGGUCUGCACCUCCAGCCCAGUUCUUGGGGUGCUGGUGGCAGCAACAGGCAGAGGAGAGUGGGACCAGCGUAGGGCCAGCCCUGUGUGAGGUCUCCGAGCAGCGUGGGAGGGCAGGAAGACUCCGCUUGCGACACGGCCAGAGCAGAGCACAGCCGAGAAGGUACAAAUGAGUCACAAGCUGCAGCGCGGUGAGCCUGGAGGCUCCGCUUGGCUGCUGCUGCAGCGCUUGCAGGCUCGGAGAGGACCAACCGCAGGAGCUAACCAGCCUGGUUUGGGUGGCUGCAGCCCUGCAGCUGCUCGCCGACUUCUGCACUGCAACUGGGACGUGCUGCGAGGGCUUCAUCUUGCAGCCGUGGUAUGAUGCAGGGAAGGAUGGCUUCAUUGACCUGAUGGAGCUGAAGCUGAUGAUGGAGAAGCUGGGGGCUCCACAGACCCACCUGGGCCUGAAGAACAUGAUCAAGGAAGUGGAUGAAGACCUGGACAGCAAACUCAGCUUUCGAGAGUUCCUGCUGAUUUUCCGCAAGGCAGCGGCGGGAGAGCUGCAGGAGGACAGUGGCCUGCACGCCCUGGCCCGGCUCUCCGAGAUCGAUGUCUCCACAGAGGGGGUGAAAGGUGCCAAGAACUUCUUUGAGGCCAAGGUGCAAGCCAUCCACGAUGCCAGCCGCUUCGAGGAGGAGAUCAAGGCGGAGCAGGAGGAGAAGAAGAAGCAGGCAGAGGAGCUGAAGCAGAGGAAGGCUGCGUUCAAGGAGCUGCAGUCCACCUUCAGGCAGUGACGGGAUGCUGGCACGCAGCCGGGCGGGACUGGGUCGUGGUGCCCGGGCUGGGAGUGCUGUGUGUGCCGACCGUGCCAGGAGCCAUGCCCGAGCUGCACGCCACUGGUGACUCCCCGAGGGCUGGGCCACCGCUUUGGGCCUGGCACAGAGCCUGGGUGGCCCUGACCCCCCCCCCCCCCCUCCCCUUACUGUGGUGUCUGUCGGUGUUGUUCGUGCCCCCUCACCGAGCCCCAAGGGACAGCAGCACUUUGUCCCCUGCCCUCAGCUGUGCCAGGAGCUGCUGCUACUGAGUGCCAGGGGAAAUGGGACACCUGUCCCCAGGCUCUCACGUGUUGUGCAUGUGCUGUGGUUUGCAGGAUGGGGACUUGCCCGGGCAGGUGCCACCGUGGCCACUCUGGCUCAGUGCCUGCUAGCAUUGCCACGUGUGCCAAAAGCCAGGAAUCCUGGAAAGGGUUGGGUUGGAAGGGACUGCAGAGAUGGCCCAUGGCAAUUCCAACCCCCUGCUAUGGGCAGGGACACCUCCCACUAGCCCAGGUUGCCCAAGGCCUUACCCAGCCUGGCCAAGGAGGAAGCAUGCACAACCUCUCUGGGCAACCUGCUCCAGUGUCUCACCACCCUCACUGUGAAGAACACUGCAGGUGAGCAUGGUAAGGACAACCAAGUGCCAGCAAAGAGUCUGUCUGUGUGUAUGUGCCAAGGGUCCAUGUGUGAGAUGCCAAGGGGGUGGAAGCCCACCCCACCAAUGUGGGAUGGGGCACAGGCUGCCCCCUUUGCUUGUAUCCCUUCGUUUUGGAAAGGCAGCUGCUGGCUGACAAAGCUGUUCUGUGUUUUUGUGUCUGUAAUCCAGCCCAGGAGGGCGAGUGGUGAAGCCACCAGCAGGUCCCAUCAGCCCCUCCAGGGUCCCAUGUUUGUGGGUGGUUGUAAAGAAGCACCUCUGUGUCAUUCCCCCGCCCCCCCCCAAACACACUCUGUGUCCCCCUGUGUGCCCUGUGCAGUGGUGCCAGGGCCUGUGUUGGGUUUUUAUUUUCUUCCCAAAUAAAUAUUAUAUUUCUUAAA